AUGGUGUUUAACAGAUUGCGGAAAUACCAACUCAAGAUGAACCCUUUGAAGUGUGCUUUCGGCGUCACGUUAGGUAAAUUUCUUGGUUUCAUCGUUAAACAUCGAGGCAUCGAAGUAGACCAAACUAAGAUUAAAGCCAUCCGAGUUUACAAGGUGUCUCGAGUUCAUUCGGCGAUUCAUCUCAAACUUAGCAAGAAGGUGUCAGUCGUUCAGUCGCCUUAUGAAAAAGAUGUUCCAUUUGUUUGGGAUGAAGCUUGUCACAAUGCAUUUGAAAGCAUAAAGAAGUACCUAUCGAGUUCACCACUGUUAGGAGCUCAUAUUCCAGGCAAACCACUCAUAUUGUACAUUGUGGCUCAAGAAAGGUCAAUUGGAGCCCUGUUGGCGCAAGAGAAUGAGUCACAUAAGGAGCAAGCACUCCAUUAUCUAAGCUGA